AAUAAGUAAGAGAGAGUAUAUAUUCGAAUAUGAAUGUCAUGUGUUUACAAAUGGGAAAUGGCUGCAAUUUAUAGCAGCCAUAAAUGCUAAAUCAAUAAUCGAGAGGACAUGUGUCCAGCAUCUGACGACCGAAUGUCACCUCAAUCGGGGUGGCACCGACAUCUGCAUGUGCAUCACAUUAAAUGCGAUGGUUGGACGUGAUGUUGUACUUGAUGCGGUGAUUCAACGCAUGUGGAGAGGAGAUCCUGUUGAGGAGGAUGUCGUCGACUGUCCCUUUCGACUGAAGGCUUUAUGUGUCGGGGGCCUCCAUGUGGCCGAAGGCUCUAUGUGUCGGGGGCCUCCAUGUGGCUGAAGGCUCUAUGUGCCGGGGGCCUCCAUGGCUCCAUGUGGCCGAAGGCUCUAUGUGCAGGGGGCCUCCAUGUGGCCGAAGGCUCUAUGUGCAUGGGGCCUCCAUGUGUCGAAGGCUCUAUCUGUCGGGGGCCUCUAUGUGGCCGAAGGCUGCAUGUGCCGAAGGCCAGUAUUUCAAGCUUUGUUCUCCUAAGAUAUUUCUCUGCUUGAUUUCAUGAAUGUUAAGCCUUUGGGCAUGGGAUCGAAGGCACCCCUUGCGUAUUAUGGGCUGACUGGAGUCUUGUUUGCUGGGCUUGGCCCACUUGAACCUAUUGGACUUGAUUGAAGUAGUGGAAGUAUGUGGAUCGGGGGUUCCUGGGCCAUAGACUCUAUCAUGUGAAUUGGGUGUGAGUCAUCAUUUCAGCCCGCUGUUAAAGUGACAUGCAUGAGCCGUCAAUAGUAAACUGUUGCUAUCAUUUUCGAAUAUAGAUAGAGCACUAAUAGCACUUCUAUUCUCAUUGAUUCAUCUGGGAUCCGCUGUUCAGUUGCUUGGUAAGAGAUUAGCUUCCACAAAUUGCUAAAACCCGGGCAACUAUGGAUCUGCUAUAAAUUGAAUCAAAGUUACAUGAAAUUACUUAGUUCAAUGGAAUCUUAAGCAGUUGAUACAUUAAUUUCACACCAUCGAUCAGAUCUGAACCCAAACCAAACACCAAUUCAAGAUAAACUGGCCUGGAAACCAAACCCAUCGAACUUCAACAUCAUACUGGUAGUAGUAUAGCGUACCGGAGAAAGAAGGCCGGCGCAGCCGGCAGGGGAAUCUAUAUAUAUAUGACACACGCACUGUAUAAACAAAUAAAGGCAGACGGGAAAGACAAUCGAUUAACCGGCGUAGAUGUGAACUCCGAUGGCGAUGAGGAGAAUAGUGAUGACGCCGAAGAAGAUGAUGGUGUGGACCACAAUGGCAGCCCCGCUAGUAUGCAUACCCCCGAACUCAACCACCUUGUUCCUGCCCGGAAUCUGGAAGAGCAGCCCCGGAGUGAGGAGCACGAAGAGCACCACCGCUAUCACCACCGGCCCCCAAUCCGCCAUCUCGAUCUCCGGAGAUUUGAUUUUUCACACUCUGCUCCGAUCCAACUGCUCGCCGCCGGCCACUCAGCACCUACAACAACUCUGAAAUACAGAAAAUUAUAAAUAACUCUUAAAUUGAAUCUAAUCACCGAAAGGUCUCACGUCUGUAAGGAGCAAGGAAUGAAGCGAAGUGAAUUUAUAGCUUCGAACAAAGCAUAGAUUUAAAGGCAGGCGGGAUAAUGCUUUAUGGCUGUGAAAAUGUAUAAAGGAGAUUUUCC